AUGGAAAAGCCACGACUUCAAUCUACUUCAGUCCACCAAUCCGAGGAAGAAACUGCCCAAAGGAUCAUUGACAUCCUCCUUUGCGCCGAAAAGUCCGGCAGUGGUCUCUCUGCUCAAAUCGACGAUGCCGUUUCCGUCACGGGAUGGUCCGAAUGGCUUGCUCAAAAAGUUCUGAAGAAGCUGGAGGGUGUUCUCAGAAACGGACGCGACAAGAUGGGCCCGGCCAUGGCUGAGGCCUAUGAUCAAGCUUGCGAGGUGGCCGAAAUCACGUUCUCCGACCUAUUCGAAUAUGUCAAGGAGCAUCCCCUUGAGAUUGCAGCUACUGUGCUAUUGUCUCUAUUCGCGUUUGGUGUGCUAGUCAGGCUGAUGCCCGUGGUGCUGGAGCUCUUGGGCUUUGCUGAACUGGGACCAACUGCCGGUGAGCCUCAUGAUCGAUGUCUCAAUUCGAUACCCAAAUCGCUAAUAGUUCUUUCUACGUUAGGGUCCUUUGCUUCUUGGUGGGAAUCCACCUACGCCGGAUACAUCCCGAAGGGUUCUCUUUUCUCAUUCUUUCAGAGACUGGGGAUGACUUGGUCGAAGGUAUAA